AGAUAAAUACUGCACAGUAGCCUCACGUUUUCUGAGACAUUCCUCAACUGCUUAGACGUAUUCUGAGCCUACAGCAGAGGAACCUCCAGUCUCAGCACCAUGAAUCAAACUGCCAUUCUGAUUUUCUGCCUUAUCUGUCUGACUUUAAGUGGCACUCAAGGAAUGCCUCACUCUAGAACUGUACGCUGUAACUGCAUCAGCAUUAGUAAACAUGUUAAUCCAAGGUUCAUAGAAACACUUGAGAUUAUUCCUGCAAGUCAAUCUUGUUCACGUGUUGAGAUCAUUGCUACAAUGAAAAAUGGUGAGAAGAGAUGCCUGAAUCUGGAAUCUAAGGCCAUCAAGAAUUUACUGACAGCAGUUAACAAGCUAAGGUCCAAAAGAUCUCUUUGAAACCAGAGGGAAGCAAAAUCAAUGCAGUGCUGCCAAGGAUGGACCACACAGAGGCUGCCUCUCCCAUCACUUCCCUACAUGGAGUAUAUGUCAAGCCUUAAUUAUUCUUAGUUUGCAGUUCUACUAAAAGGUGACUGAUCAUGGUCACCAAAUCAGCUGCUAUUACGCCUGUAGGAAGGUCAAUGGUUCAUCAUCCUAAGCUGCUCAGUAAUAACUCUACCCUGGCACUAUAAUGUAAGCUAUACUGAGGUGCUAUGUUCUUAGCAGAUGUGCCAAGUCCUAACCCUGCUUCUGGUAUUUCCCUUACCUUUACUAUCUUCCAGGGGUACUAAGUAGUCUUUCUGCUUUGAGGUUUAUCAGAAGUCUCAGAAUCUCAAAUAACAAAAAGGUAUGCAAUCAAAGUGAUAAUACAAUCUGCUUUUUAAAGAAUGCUCUUUACUUCAUGGACUUCUGCCACCCUCCCAAGGGGCCCAUAUUUGUUCAGUGGCUGCCUACAUACAAUUCCAAAUACAGGAAGAUAGAAAUGUCUGAAAAUGUAUGUGUAAAUAUUCUUAUGUAAUGAAAGACUCUACAAAGUAGAAGUCUUAGAUGUACAUAUUUUCUAUAUUGUUUUCAGUGUAUAUGGAAUAACUUGUGUAAUUAAGUACUAUGUAUCAAUAAGGAACAAAAUAUUUAAAAAAUACAGAGAGAUAUAUGCUCUGCAUGUUAUGUAAAAUAAAUGUGCUGGUUUUCAAAAUAAACAUGUUGUACUCCCAUGGACAUAUUGAGAAAGAUUACCUAAACGUUGAAAGACCAAAAGGUUAAUAAAGUAAUUAUAACUAAGGUGAA